AUGAAUUUGUGGUGCAAACCAUUGGCGCCCAAAGAGUUUGAAAACACGACCGCCUGUUACUACCAUAACGUGGUCAGUGUUUUUAAGCUUAAGAAUACACUUUUCUACCAGGUGAAAAGCAGUGGACAGUCCAACACCGAACUGGUCCGCUGGGAGUCCGCCUCUCAAGUAGACCCCGACCAUCAAACCUAUAUUCCUAAAGAUAAUUACCUCCAAAUGAAGUCCGGCUCGUAUUUACAGCAAUAUCUUCACAAAUAUGAGAUUGAUAAACCGGUGGUUUUUCUGUACAAUUUCAAUAACUACACGAUUACUGGCAUUUCGGGCGGAUUUGUCUCACAUUUUGUGAACGAAUGCUUCCGAUAUCUAACGGAAACGUUUCCACUGAAUUACAUCCCAGAGUGGAGACAAUUGGUGGCCGUUAUGCUCGCGGAGGACAACGGCGAUAGUCCUCAUCGCGCGAACGGAAGUAUCGCUAUAUUCAGACGCAUAGACCCGAACACCAAUACAUUAGAGAACUUGCAUUAUCUGAGCGAAGACAUAGACGGCGUAAAAGCUAACUAUGAUUUAGGCAAUGAAACCGAAAUGAUAUCACUUAUCAAAUACAAUAAGAUCUAUACGAACAACACGUGGAGAGUGUGGGGUUGCGGUGAAUACUGUUCACUCAAAACACCGUUACAUGAAAUCACAAUCGAAACGACCAGCACUCAGAGUACGAUUCGCUAUAAUGUAAACCAGGAUAUGACUCACGACCUGUUUCUGCGGUGCGACGAACGCCGGGCGCCGUUUACUCCGUUUGACUUUUGCGACCAAAACUACGAUUUCGAUAAUAUAUUGAAUUUGGGAUCCGAUCUAUACUUUCAACGAAACUCUAGUUUUUGGCGAUUAAGAGAUUAUGGAUUCACUGCCGACUCGUAUCCGACGGGUUCUCCACUCAAAUCGCAAAACAUUCAAAAUCUGGUUUUCGACUCACACUUCGGCCCAUUCCUCGAGACCGAAGGCUUUGACACGACUCAACGGGUGUUUGGCUUCUCAUACAAAGCGAUCGAUCGGUUCCCGUGCGGACACUUGAUCGACAAAGAAGACUAUUACCAGUGUUUGGACAAGUAUAGAAAGUCGCCGUACUUUCACAGCGUGUGUUUGUACGGCACAGUUAGCCGAGUGGGGACAGCCGUACCCGUGUUUAGCAUAGAUAACGGGUAUUACAAGUCAUACAUUCACACACCGGGAGGUCUGGAGCGACCGAACGUCACGGAAGACGGCCGACACCGACAGUUCUGCAAAGCCGUCUCCGAUUACGUGCGGUUCGACGAGGAAUACGUCGGCACCGGAUUCGGUGUCACACAUAUCACGGGAUAUAAGUCUGGAAACUCGGGACACAACCAGAUAUUGAUCGCCCAAACCAUAGCCAAAGUCGAUGGCGCGGACAUCCAUCUAAUGGACACCGUAUUUGUCGUGUAUUCAAUGGCUUUUGAGGAUUACUAUAUGGCAAACAGCCAUUCGUUGAAUUAUAAAACAUUUGACGUGAACCUCAGAGCCACCCGUAAGGUGUUCAGCAUACCAGCCAACCAUGACAACUUUAUUGUCCACUCACUCAUCCGAUACAAACAUGUUUCCUACUUAUUGGUCGGUUACGGGCGUUCGCCGCACACCCGAUAUCUAUACAAAGAGGACUUUAAAGGCAACCCCCGGCCGGGAAAGGACCCAAGAUUUCCGAUCGAAUUAUUGUUUAACGAUAACAAUGAAAUAAAGUGGUCAGAAGUGGUCACGUGUCCCAUAGAUGUGAUGAGAUAUUCAGUGGUCAGUAACUACUUGGAGGGCCUGCUCUGCUUCGAGAAACCCACAUAUAAUCGAUAUUUACAUCACAGUGUGUUCAAUAUCGGUCCGCGACUAUACCAUCAAACGGGCCGUUAUUUCUAUUAUUACGAUAUAAUGAGAAAGAGAUUUAUUUUUGACAGACAUGUGACCGAACUAUUGGCCACUUAUUUCGACACUCGACAUCGUGUGACCGGGUAUUCAAUAGAACUAGAUGGUAUUCGCUUUUAUGACGUGAUCAUUCACGGCAGGAGUAGUUACGCGCACCGACUGUUAGGCGAAUACAUUUACGGACUAUUUAUAUAUGUAUACAAAGACAGAGACACGAAGACAUUGAUGCCAGUCGUCAAACCCAGUGACCAUCGGUCUGAUACAGUGGUGCCCCGAUUACUGUUCACAUUGGGCCCGAACUCGUAUUUUGGCAAAUAUGACCAUCAGCUGGUAUUUUUGGCCUGGAAAGGCGUCGGGUUCGAGAUGUAUCAAAUCGUCACCACGUUACAGGACCAGAAUCUGAACAAUAUGACCAUGGUGGUCCACCACGACCACGCGCAGCAUGUCGAUGGGAUUCAGAUAUUUUUCCCAUUCAUCUCGUCCAGUAAGUCGAAAGUAGCCAACUAUUACUACCAGGAUAAGUGUCCGUUUGAUAAGUUUAUCGGCGCUUACUUUGAUUACGAUAACAUCACCAAAAAAAUAGGCGCAUAUUUAGUGGCAACCGAUAACAAGAGUGAUAUUCUCUAUCUGUUUAAUAUGUUAGACUGGAAUCGCAAACCAUAUGUCGAAAUCGCUUCGAUGUAUGAAUUCAAGGGAUUGUGGUCUUACUUCGUCACAUAUUGUCCACUGAGAGGUCCAGACGAAUAUGAUUUUACCAAUACUAUAUUGAGCUCAAAUGAGACAAAACCUUCAAAAACAUUGACUUAUAUUUUGGCAAUACUUGUGUUGAUUCUGAUUGUGUCGACAAUUAUUGUCGCUUUCAUUGCCUUUAAAUUCAAUCCAAACAACAGUCAGACCAACAAAAAGACCAAACAAUAA